AACUCUGUCUAUAGGUAUUAUAAAUUCAUGUCUCAAAUUAUAAUGUACAAAAUCAAUACAUGUAAAUACCUAUUAUGAAUGUAUAUAUUUAACUACAUAGGGUACUUUUCAUGUGGACAGUGCCAUGAGAUUAUGCUCAAGCCUUUUAUUUAAUUAAAAAUUGUAUACAACUAUAGUUACCUAUGUAAAAUGAAGUAAAUAGUUAUCUAUGUAAAAGUAAGCUGAUAAGCUUAUUUCUGACAACUUCAAUUCCCUAUAUAAUUCAAGCACACUGCUACAACAAAGCAUGCUGUGCUCGGCAAGUGGUAAGGCUAAUAUUUAAGAGACUGUUAAAAUGUCAUGCACACUUAUAAUCAUAUUUUUGGUUACUGCCUGAAAUAAGCAUUAGUAAUUCAUCAUUACUGAGUCUAGUUAUUGAACCAACAUCAUAACCAACUUGCUCAUAUUUCCAUGGUGUUCCCCAUGUUUUGCAACAAUUCUUUAGUUAAUUGAUGAAUAAUUAAAGGAUACUAGUUUUUCCACCCACACAUAUGAAACCUAAAAAAGCAAUCAGUAUUUUGCAAAUUCCUUUAAAACUAUAGAUUUUACCAGGAUUAAAAGUAUUUGUCCUUAUCCAGGCUCAAAAUAAUAUAUAUGAAAAUUUCAAGGAUACUGGUUAAAAUGCAAAUUAAUAAACUUACUUUUGUAUUUAUAAUAGUAGGCAAUUAAAAGGAAGACAAAAGACAGGAAUGGAAAUGAUUAGAGGAGGCCCAUGCGGACUGGAAAACACGUUUUCAGAAAAACUGAUGACACAGGUUAUAAAUAAAGAUUUAUUUUUCAUUAAAUAAUUAUUUGACUAUAAAUAUCCGUAUACGGGAUAAGCUUGCCCUUUUAUAUUUAACUAGCUGUGCCCGCGACUUCGUCCGCAUGGAAUAGUUAUUUUGGGCAUCAUAUAAGCCCUGAAGGAUGAAUAAUUUUCACAUUUACCAUUACUUCUUUGCUCCUAAAAGUUGCAGCAUGAUGUUAUAUAGCCUAAAACCUUCCUUGAUAAUUGGCCUAUUCAACACAAAAAGAAUUUUUCAAUCAGAACCAAUAGUUCCUGAGAUUAGCACGUUCAAUCAAACAAACAAACUCUUCAUGAAUAUUAACCAUUAACUUAAAAAAAGCCUUUGAGCUUGUAUUCCAGUCAUCUAAUGAGUCAGUUAUUUAAUUUUCUAAAUCAAUCUUGUGUGUGAUAUUUGAUCUUGUGUAUAAGGUGUCAAGUUAUCAGAGCAGAGUUGUGUUUGUCCUGCAAACAUAGUGACAUUAACCACAUGUAUUAGACUAAGGUUCACUAGCAUUGUUGUGAUUACAGUUUAGUUGUGAUAUUGCUGGCAGCUUGUGUGUACCCGGGCAAUAACUAUGAGUAACCUUUAAAAUUUUUUACACAAAGCAUGGUGGAGUUAGAACUGAAAGGACUGAUGUAUCAUGAAUCCAGGCAGCCCUCCCAUCAUGUCGACGAGGCGGACGUUGCUGCAUCGGAGAACACGCCGCUGCUGCACCGUUUUCCACACCCUCAGCAUGAGAGGAACCCAAUGACUACAGCCGUUGUCAGCACUCUUCUCAUUAUUCUAAUUUCUGGCAUUAUUAUUGGCAUUUAUCUCCUUAUACUUCAAAGUCAAUCAGAAAACAUUCUCCCUCCCGUCGAGACGCCCCUCAAACUAGCAAGCCGAAACCAAUGGGACCCCGUGGAAGGGGGGGCCUCCUUGUUGCAACCUUUGAGUCACUUCAAGCCGUCUCUGGUUUUCCUAGUGCAAACGGACACUGAAAAGUGUUUUACUGCUAAAACUUGUGAGAAACUACUUCAAGAUAUGAAGAGCAACAUAACUGGGAAAAGCCAAUCCUUACCAUACAAUUUCUUGGUGUCUUCUGAUGGACAGACUUACGAGGCGCUUGGCUGGCGAUCUCCCACACCCCUGUUCCCAACAUCGCAAUCUGCUCUAGUCGUAGCUUUCAUCGGUAAUUUCACGGAGAGUCCACCGUCAGAUGCACAAAUUGCUGAAGGUAAAAUGUUUUUCGUAGAUUCAGUUAGUCGACAACAUCUGGACCCUAACUUCACUAUUGUUGGCAAGAAAACCAAAGACUUUCCAAAGUAUUUAUUUUUAAAUUUUAAAGAUAUGAUACAAUGGAACGACAAAUUAUCUGAUUCUGCAUAAUUUUUAUAUUUUAAUCGUAUGAAUUAUAAUUUAAAAGUACAUACUUGUGAUAUUCUUGAAUGUAUGGAAAUUAAGAUUGCUUUAUUGUUCAUAAAUUAUAUGUUAAUGGUGAAUUAGUCAACAUACCAUGUAAAACAGAGUCGUUGUGCAUGAUGACAGUUUUAUAUUGCAAGCUUAAUGAACGUUCUUACGAAAUGAUAUUCAGCUAAAUCCGAUAAAUUAUUUUUUUUACCAUUAGAUGACUUUUAUUUGUUCUUUUUUAUUUUUGUGAAAGCUUGCAACGUUGUAUCAUUGUGCAUUACAAAAGUGUCUGCUUAUCAAAAUAUGUUUUAAGGUGGUGUACGUAGUUAUAAUAAAUGUUAAUUACGAACGUGCUAAUUAGCCUACUCUUAUGCCCUUCUAUUAACUGUAAUUAAUUUACCUUUAGAAUGUCCAUUGACGAGGUACCAUGUACUUGUUAUUUGGAUGAAUGAUAUAAUCGUCAAAAUUUCUACUAAGUAGACUUUCUUGGAUAAGAAAAAUACAAUUACUGUAGUUUUGCUAUUAAAACAAUCAGUUUUUUAAAUUUACUUUAGUGACUACAUGUGAUAUUAUGUUGAAUGGUUCCGUCGUAUUUAUGCCUCUGCUGUGCAUAAUAAUAAGUCGCUCAUAAUCCUUUUUGAAAGAGAUUGACUUGCUAAAUUUUCACGGUACCGUGCCUGUUAAAGUCUAGUGGAUUGAAACAGCCAUAGUACCAUGAAAAAUUUCAAGUUGAUUAUACUGAUCAAAAAUAAAUAAUUACAGAAUCUGUCAUUCACUCAUAACAUAGUCCUCCAGCAAAGUUAUCUUUGGAAUACGCCGUUGCGGUAUUUUCAUUGGAUAUUUUAAUGUGAAAAAAGAAAUAUAAAGCUUUAAAAUAAUACAAAAACGGCUAUGCCUGGCACAAACGGAUGUACCUAACUAAAAGAAAUCCUUUAGAGAUAUAUUUGUGAAAGUUAUACAUAACAUAUGCACUUAUCAUUUACUAUAAUGUAUGUGUAUAAGAUACUUAGAUGUAAGACUUUCAGUCAUAUGCAAAUUAUAUUAUCUACACAGGUGUAGGUGUACCUUUUAUAAUUUAAGUAUACUCAUAUAUUUAUAUAUAUUCACAUCACCAAUUUUAAAUGAUAUGAAGAUAAAGUAGUAUGUAAGAUGAAAUGCAGCAUAGAGCUCUAUAUAUAAAUUUACGUGCAUUGCAUAAUCAUAGUUAUUACCAAAUCUGCUCAUUUGCACAUAGUAUUUAUGAAAAUAUAUAAUAUCUGAUAAUAAUCUGUAUAUCUGAUUCAAUUUAUGUAGAAUAUAUAUUAAGACAUAAUGUAAGUAGUCAAGUGUUAUGCUAUCUUAAUAUCUGAUUAAUUUCACGAAUCUUUAGAAAUGUAUAUAUACUUCAUAUAUUAAGAAGGGGUACAGGAAAAAAAAUGAUGUCAUAAUUUAAGGAAUAAUUAAAAAAUACCGUUCUCAGACCCUUUGUAAAUUUUCUUGCCAUAGGGUAUUUCUCCAAAUACGGCUAAUAAAUACCAGCCAUAUAAUUUACCAUCCAACUAAAAUAAGGCUAAGACUCUUGUUGUUAUCUGCCCUGCCUGGUUCUCAAUAAAGACUUGUGUCUGUAACAUUUAUAACAUUAACAGUUGUUGAUCCCUUGAGAGCGUCGGCUGUCGAAUCGGUAAGCUGCCCGGUUAAAAUGCGUGAUGCGCAGAAAGGCACAGGUUCAAAUCCCACCUCGGCCAUGUACCAAUUACUAUUUACAAAUUUUGUACAUUAGUUUGAAUACUAACCGAUGCUCUUAUGGCGAGGGAAAUCAUCGUGAGGAAACCUGCCAUUAAGACAACUGCACGUGUAACCAUGGAUCCAAUACGGGUUUGGUUUACCUGUCAACGUUGCGGAGGUCAGAUGGGAGUCCCUUCGUAUGAAAACCUGGCUCACCCAAUCCAGGAUCCGUGGUCAAAGGCAUAGGUACACCGCACUCCUCUCCAGAGAGAUGAGGAUGCAACCGGGACUAAAAUCCAGGGGGAAAAAGAUCGCCAGAUGUUGAUCCAUCAGCUUUGUCAAUCGUUUUGGAUUCUAGACACUUGGAAUACGAUAUUUUAUCCGAUCUAACAUCCACCGCUUUAAUUCAUGCUUACUAAAAAUAUUUUAGUCGAAAGCCGAAAAGCUAGUAAUUGUGAUGUAAUUAUUAAUAUUCAAAUAAUAUACAUUAAAAAAUUUACUCCAGUUUUAAUGUUUACUAUUUAGUUUUUCACUUACCUCUACUAAUUAAGUAAUCAAACAUUGCAAUUUGUGAAUUUUAUCUAUUUUAAGCAUUUUUCUUGCGAAGUAAAAUAAAUUUAAUUUACAUAUUAUUUAGUAUAAUUUCAAAGAUAAACUGGUGGCAGAUUUUAUCGAGAGUCAUGUUUUAUGUAUGGAUUCUAGUCGUGCGGUUUUCGAGAGUCACUCUAAAUCCAUUUGCGUACAUCGUAAAUAGCGAAAAAUAAUGAAUAAAUGUAAGCUAUAUAAACUUUAUAAUUAUAAAUGUUACAAUAAAUAAGUAAAACUAAUCGCAGGCUUGAGUCAGCUAAAGUUUGGGUUGCGAAGGUCAGACGACAUUCGACUAUGUAAAGCUUGACCAGAAAUAAAACUUAUCUAUCACAAGGGCGCUAGUGCUGUGUUUGCUAUAGCAACACCAAAUUUUUGUGUCAUAUUGAGUUAAGAAUAGCAUAAGGUGAUUUCAGAACACAAAAAGGUGACUCGACAUUGAUUUGGCAAUAGUAAACAAUUGUCAAAUAUACGACGACCUGUAUGCAGAGGUAUAGUAAUAAAAGGAGCUUUAAACAAGACUGACUACCUAAUAUCGUUCAGUAAUGCUUACUUUUUUGAGUAAUUAUUGCCAGCUGAAUUUUUAAAGCCGCAAUAUGGUAAACUAUAUUUCUGAUCAAGCUUUAAAAUCCAGUAACUUCGGUAAAUUAUCAACGUUAAGAAGAGGACGCCGGUCUCUGAACCCACAACGUUAAGGGUGCAAAAAUCAUUUAAUUUAUAUUUAAGUGCUUAGAAUAAUCAACAUAACUCACAUAAUUAGCAGUAGCGAAAUAACUGCGACGAUAUUCCAAUAGCUAUAAAUAUUUAUUUCCAAUUAACAUAUUAUUAUAAAGUAAUAAUGAAUUUUUUCUAACAUGAACUUAGUUUAUAGAAUUUAAAUUUCUUGGCUGUAUUUUAAAAUAACUUAAUGAGUUGGUUGUAUUAAACUGUCACUGCUUCUAUUUACAAUUGACUAAAAACUAUUGAACGGAUUUUCAAUGAGAAUCCAGAAAAGUGCAGUGAAUCAGGAAACAUGUAUUUUAACAAAAUUUUGUACAUGCAUAGGCUGCAUGUGAAAGAGAGUGAACCAUGUAGUAUUGUUAAAAAAAAUAUUGAUUUAAUUAUUCAAAAGUUUACAGAUAUCUCUAUCUAUUAUAAUUUAAUGAUUUUACCAAAUAUUGGUACACACUACACCAAGUUAUGUGAUAGUUUUCUUAGUUUUAUUUCAGUAUUGCCAGAAUAAGAAUUCUUUUAUUUUUUUAUGUUGUGGCACCACUGUUAUUCGAUGUUGCCGUAACAUUAAUUAAAAAAGGUAGUGUGUCUGAGUACAAAUAAUUUAUUGAUCAAUCAACUACUCGCGUUUACAUGCAUGCAGCAUGCAUGCGUUUCACUUGAAGCUUUUCCGUUCAUUUAACCUAGUUUACUAGUUACCUAAUAUUUUGCUUUUAAAGCAAAAAAAAAAACAACUUGCAUUAUAUCAGAAUAUGGUAAGUUAUCAAUGAUAGUCUUAGCGUAUAUGGCUGUUUAAUAGUAACACAAUUUAUUAGUUAAUAAGAAUAGACUAAGAAACUUCCAUAUAUUGGAAGUUAGGCGCAGCAUAGCAAUAAUUAACAUAAAUCGUGUCAAUCUAGGAGUGAACGGGCUCUUGAGCAAUUCAAAUGGUCGAAAAUUCCUAUUUCACUUAUUAAAAAAUAAUUAUUUUUCUUUACAUCUAUACCCUUGUGGUAAUAUCUGAAAUUAGUGUUAAACAAAAUAAAUUUUCUAUCUACGAUAUUAUAUAUCUAACUAUUUCGUUCAAGUUCGUCUGUUUAAGUAUUUUUUUAAUCCUGUUCCUUUUAUAUUCGAUUUGAAUUAUUUUGAGGGAAGGUGGCAUUUCUGUUCAUUUGAAUUGAUUUCUUCAGUCUUGUGCCGGAUUGACCGUCGCCAUUGUUAGUCAAGUAUAUUUAAUAAAUAAACUGACAUAUAAUAUGUUACUAAGAUAACUAGAUAGGCGACCUUCAUAUAGUCACAUUUACAUUCAAGGUUACAUAAUGCGUUUGAAUUUGUUUUUCAUAGCAUCUUAAAUACGAAUAUUAUUUUUUUACAUUUUAGUCGCAGUAAAAUUAUUAAUAAUGUAAUUUUAUGAAAUACUCGCGUUGUGAUCAAUAUGGAAAAGUAUUUAUUUGAAGGACAAAAGCUCAAAUGUAGUUAAAUUCAUAAAAAAAAGUAAGUUGCUCUUCACACUUGACACUUUGAACAGAUUUCGAUGAAACUUGGCAUGAAUAUUACUUAAACCUACGAAAAAGGCAUAAACUGGUUUUUCGAUCAUUGUAAGGGAACUGGAAAAAAGAAAAAAAUUAAGAUUAACUUCAGGCAAUUCACUUCAGGUUUGUGACAAAAUCACUAAUGUCAUAAGCGAUCAGCCAAUUACAGCAAAAAAAGUGACGCCAUCAGCAAAGAGUAGCGAAAAGUCUAAGUGGCCCAAGCAAAUAUUUCACGGAGUGGAGCAUAAAUACAACCUCCGACUCAACAACGUCGGUACCGCGGUUCUCCAGACAUGUCAAAAUGAAGAAUGUCCCUUUCGUGGCGGUCGAGCCCGUAUUAUCGCUCCCAAUAUACAAGUUGUAAAUAAAAAGAUCUUGCGCGACCGCUGAGUAACCGGAAUCGUUCAUGUGACUUAUUGUAGGUCUUAUUAAAUUAAGUAAAUGACCUCAAAUUAGAAAAAAAAAUGAAUAUAAAAAUUCUGUGAGGUUUGGUAACCGUAAUUAAUAUAAAAUUGUAUGUUCCGCCUUAAUAGUACUGGCUUAUUUCAAAAAUAGAUAUUUUUUUGUUUGAUAAAUCAGUACCUACAAUCUUAAAAUAAUACAAUUGAGAGUUUAUUCACUUAACUCGAAUUAAAAUCUACAUCAAAAAUUGUUUUUCUGAAAACUCGCACUGAAUUUUUUUCAAUUCAACCAAAUUAUAAACAUGAUAAGAUCAGGAUUAUUUAUUUAAUGUUUUCGAUCAUUAUAUAAAUUUAAAUGUAUUGUUAACGUACUGUUUUAAUACACUGUUAACUGAUAGUAAAAAGACCUAUAACAAUCGUGUGGCUCAAAUUUGCGAAAUUUUAUCAAAACUAAUAUAGGUACUUAACCCUUUUUUUAAUCUGAUAGUACAUCGGUUUACUCAACUUUAAAGUAUUACGCCACCAGUAUUCUAUUAAGGCAUUUAUUAGCUGUAAAUAUAUUUAUAAUUUUUACAUAAUAUAACUUACACCUUGGUCGAUCUACGAACGUCAUGUUGGAAAGCUUGUGUGAAACAUUUAACGGUUUCCCUCGGUUGAAAAAAGAUAUAAAAUUCACUUCACGUUCGGUUUUUUGUCGCUCGCUCGAUUAUUGACACGUGCCUCCGCGGCGACCUAGCUGUCAUUUUCUUUGAAUUUGCUAAAAGGUUUAUGAAAAAUAUGCAAAAAAAAUUUCCAAUAAAAUAAUUCAUCAUUAAGCCAUACAGCUGAGUGGCCUUUCAGUCUUUUCAACUGUUGGCUCCGUCUGCUCCGCAAGGGAUAUAGGCGUGGUUAUAUGUUUGUAGGUAAAAAUUCUUCAUAACUUUUUCUAAUCUAAUUGCUUAUGUUUUAGAUCUUGACACUCAAGUACUACGGAUCUGACAGGGGUUUUGUUUUAAUAUGUUUAUAAUAAAACAUUCAUAAUAUAAGCUUAAUUUUAAGACUUUAAAAUGAGUUGCUUCUAUUUAUCAUUAUCACUAGAUGUUAUCUGACUGUUGGCAAUUAACUAAAAAACUUUUGAACGGAUUUAUAUGACUUAUUUUCAUGGGUUUACAAUCCCGGCCAGUUCCUAGUGCCUGUUAUUAAUAUUCAUUGGCCAAUACCUGAAUUUGAAACAAACAGAUAGAAUAUAAUUAUUUUAUUAUUUCACCACAUUUUGAUGUUUGUAAUGAUGAACAUUAUCGUUCUUUGUUUAAAUAAACCCAACCCUCGUCGACAUUACAUCGUAUUAUAUAAUAAAAUGAUAUAUAUGACCCAAAUAAGAUUAAUAGGUACAUGUAAUUUUUCAUGAAUGAUCUGAAUCUGGUCAACGUCAUGAAUUUACCAAGGAACUUGUCUAUUUUAAGAAAAUAAUUUAUGAUUACAGACAUCAGAGUAACUUUAAGAAAAUAAAAUAUUAGUAUUCAACACAUUAAGGUCGUAAAACAAUAUAAAUUCGUUAAUAACGUAAUAGAAUAACAUAAACGUGACUUUUACUUUCAAUCGGACGCCAUGUUUUAUAUCUAUUCAAAAUUAAGAUUUUAAAAAUACAAUAAAUAUUAUUUAAAAAAUCUAAUCUGUGAAUAAAAAUAAAUAAGAACUACUUUUAUUAAGAAAUCAUAUCCAUGAACUCAAUUUAAGGUAGCUGCCAAACCUAAAGUUCAUGAUGCAAACAGAAUACUCACGUCAUGCUUAAGCAGCGUUUUGGUUUCGCCCAAAUAAUGUGUAAUAUAUGUUAUAUAUGUCAAUAAUCAACAAAACUACCUGAGACAUAACCUCAGGUAGUUUUUGUUGAUUGUUGACAGGUUGGUUUCCCUUAUAACUGCAGCAUUUUUUUAUUAUAAGUUGAAUAUUUAUAACUUGUUCUUUCGAAAAAUCUAUAAGUGAUGCGGCGCACGCAGCUUUCUCUGGAACACUGCUGACACUACUUUUUUAAACAUUGAUAAAUGCAUUAUCUUCCUGCGAGAUGCCGGGAAUUUCUUUUUCAUUGCUUGAAAUCUCUAUGCCCAGCGGUUGUGCGUGUGCGUCAAUCAAAAAGCAUUGUAUUAUGAAAUUCAUAAUUUCAAGAAAAUGUUAGGUAUCAUAGAGAAAGAUUUGUAUAUGUAGAGAUAAUAGAUCUUAGCACAUGACAUCAGAUAUGGUAGAUAUUUUUAGCUGUAGUUCAUGUGGUAAAACCACUAGAUAUUCAAAGUAAUAACAUAUAAUAUUAGUAGGUAUGUUAGAGUAGACUAAGAAACUUCCAUUCAGUGGAAGUUAGGCGCAGCAUAGCAAUAAUUAACAUAAGUCAAUCCAGGAGUAAAUGAACUUUUGAGCAGUUCAAAUGGAUGAACAUUUCCAUUUUAUCAACAUUAUAUCGAUUUUAUAUUAUUAAAUAGAACAAAAACCUUCUCGAAUCAAUCUUGUAUUCAAUGCUAAUUUUUAUAACACAAUCCCACUAUAUAAAAAGACAUAUGUUGAAGGUUUCUUUUUUACUUUUAUUAUAUUUGUUACUGAAUUCCCUUGAUUUCUAACUGUUCUGGGAAUUAUUGUAUAUGAAAAUAUAUUAAACUGAUGUAUAGAGGCUAUUCGUAAAAUAUCUCAUUUACUAAGCUAUGAAGUUAGUGUUUAUAAGUUUUAGUUCUUUAUUUUUUUAAUUCUAGCCGAUCCGAUUCUGUGGGAUUAUAUGCGGUGAAGUGAUCAUUCAUCUGAAUUGUAUUUCUUCAGUCUAGUGCCGGAUUGACCGUCGCCAUUGUUAGUACUCAUCAAAUAUGUAAUCAACUAAUAUAAUUCAAUGGAUUAUUAGAAAGUAAGAUAUGUUUAAUAAGAAAAAUUGGGUAACAUACUUAUAGUAUCGUUUUGGAUGUUAUCACAUUCGCAUAGAUUAUAAGAUGUGUUUGUACUUUUCAUUUCAUUAAAAUAUUGUGAAUGAUUACUUGCCAGAAUAUAUAAGGGAAGUAUAGUUAUUGUACGUACAUAAUGUCAACGAAAUUGGUUAUGACCGGUAACUUUUUUUUUUCUUUAUUGACUCUAAUUUUUGAUAAAUCUAUGAUCAAUUCCAAGCGUACCUAGCCAUUUUGUUAGUUCUGCUCAUGGGCCAAGUAGGAACGACCUGAGAAACAUCAAUCAAAAAUACGCAUAGCCUAGCUAGCAAUAAGAAGCGGAAUAUGAAUAAUUCCAUAUUUUAUCAAACAGACAAAAUGUUUAUUUAAGUACUUACUUAUAGGACAAAAAUGCAAAAACUAUUUAUUUGGAUUAAAAAUUUGAUGAAAAAAAUGCAUGUCUAAUAUCUUUAAUAUUAUAUAUUAAUAAAAUAAUAUAUUAAAUGUAAUAUAUUAAUUUAUUCGGCAAAAUGAAACGUUCAAUACAUACGUUAUUAUAUUUAGCACCGUAAUUUCAGACACACCAAUGUCACCGUGUUUUUUAAAAUUUGUAAAACCUUAACAAUAUUCAUAAAUAUUUUCACUUUCAAAAAUAUAUUAUGAAUAUAAAAAUAUAGGAAAUUGUGAUUAUCUCUAAGUAUGAUUACCGACAAUUUCUCGCUUUGUUAAUUGAAUUUUGUCCCUAAUGUAUCUGUUUUUUUAUUAGUCACCAUAAAUCUAGACUUUCUACAAACCUCCAAAGUUUUCUUGAUUUAUCAGUACUUACAAUAUUUUAUAGCAAAUUUAAUAACCAACGAUUAAUGCUCAAAAUUUUUUGGUCUGUGAUAAAGCAACAUAAGUAAUAUUCCUUUUUUUGAAGUGCAAAUGAAUAUGCAAUACGCAAUGAUUCCCAUUUCGAGUAAUUAUAGUGCAUAAAUGUGUAAAUUUUGCUACUUUUUAUGACAUAAGAUGUCAUUCGUACUAUAAUUACACUAUUAAUAUUAUAAGGAGAUAUAGGUAUUUCUAUUUUUGUAGGUUUGUUACGAUAAAGCUCAAAACUACUGGACUGAUUUCUAUGAAACUAGGUACAGAAAUGGACUUAAACUCCAGGACAUUUUUACGCCCAGACACUGAGUGUAAACUUAAAAAAGUAGUCUAAACUAACUAAAAAAGUACUCGUUUGCUACGGUAUUUCUGGAAAUUGGGAGCCUACUGCAUAAGUCUUGUUAGGUAUAUUAUAUCCUUUAGGUAUACUAUAUCACUAAAAUUAAAUUGAAAAAGAAACGAAAAUCCUAUCAACUACUGAUAUAUGGUUUUCAUGGGGUUCGUCUAUAAAAAGGGUGUAUUGUACUCGUAUUAUCAUACCCUAUCUAUGUAUUUUAGCCGAUAUUCUGCCCUUUUGUAUGUUAUAUUAGCAGUUUACAUGAAAUGGUGAAAAUGUUUGCUUUGUCUUCUCCUUUUGUAAAUAAUUUUCAUGAUACUGAGUGUAAGAAUAAAAUAAUAUAAACAAUGUGUAAAAUAUAUUGAUUCUAUAAAAGCGCUUUCUUUCACAGUAUCAAUAUAUAUUACAUUGUAAGAUUUUAUUUAUUUAAAGACUGUAAUUUUUUAUAUUUUAUUUUGCUUGGAUAAGAGUGCAUUCCAAGUGUCUUAAUAUGAAACUAGUAGAUUGCAUAUUAUGUAAACGUUCUAUUGUACCUCGUGUAAUGUAUUUGUGUAGGUACUUGUGGUCUGUUUGCUGAACAACUUUCUUAUAUUUGUCGAUUAUAUGUGCUCUGGUUGGCAUAUACAUACUCAUUUGAUUGCAUCAUAAAUCAUAAUACAUAUUUAAGGAUCAGAUUAAGUCCUCUUUUGAGCAGUUAUCAGUACCGAAAUCGGUUUGCUGAUAUUAACUGGUAUAAUAAAUGCUUUUCUAUCUACCAAUUUUGGUUAUGCUUUGACGGAUAGCUACUGUCUACAGAUUACCGGGAAUUCACUUCCGUACAGUGACGUAUGUAAGAUGAGCAGACUGGAUAAAUUACAUGCUUACAUACAAACUGUUGAACAGGUGAUUUAUUCAAGCCUAAUAGAAAACCAUGGCUUUGUUUACUUUUCAGCACUAUUUUUAUAUGAUUUAAAACCCUUCUGUUCUCUUGCAAAUAAUUUAGACUGUGAUUCAUAGGUUAGUGACCUGCAACUGAAAUGCAAUUGAGUUUAUAUUCACAGCUUAUGGUAUGCUUGUUGUUUUUCAAAUAAUAUAAGAUAUUCUUUAUUCGUGUCAAUUUGCGUAAAUAUAAUCACCAUUUAGUAAGUUUCAAUAUCCACCAAAGAAGAUUGAAGAUUUGUUUUUAUAAUCUGCUAUGUUUUGUUUAGAUAAUCUGCUAUGUAAUUACAUAUUUAAAUGUUCCUGUUCCAAAGUGCAGUUCUGCUGUUCUAUUUUUUUGUACCGAUUUAAAUACCGAUAUAUUUUGUCUUCCUAAAAAUAUUUUAUUCUUUGGUUAUAGGUAUUGUCUGUAUGACCCACUAAAAUGUUAAUUUAUUUAAGAUUAAACAUUGUGGUGGGUGUUGGAAUUCUGAUCUUUGUAUAUUUAAUUUAGAUGUUUUGUGAUAUUAUAACAUAUUAUUUGUUAAUGUAGGUAUCUUUGUAUUUGUAAAUUAGUCACAUAGUACACGUAGCACAUAAGAUAAUUUGUCAACUGUAACAUUAACCUUUUUAACAUAUUUUAUGAAGACCCCAUUUGAUGUACAUUUUGGUAAUAAAUAACUACAAUAUUUACGUGGUAAAUAA